AUGGAAGCCCAAUUUUCAAAUGAUACCUUUAGCUGGAGCCUUCAGAUUGCCAAAUUUGAUGUCUCUCCAGAGGCUGUAUAUCCUGUCUUCUUCACUGGGACUCUGAUCUACUUUUUUUCAGUGUUAUGUAAUGGAAUCAUUUUAGCACUCAUUUUGACACAACGAAGCCUUCAUAAGCCCAUGUUCUACAUUAUGUUCAGCCUUCCACUAGCAGAUCUAGUAGGAAUCACAACUCUCCUUCCCAGACUGCUGAUCGAUAUUGUAACUCAGUCAAACAUUCUCUAUUAUCCAACAUGUGUGUUACAGGGAUUCAUUCUGCAUUUGUAUGGAGGUGGUGUUUAUUUUAUCCUGGCAGCCAUGGCAUUUGACCGCUACAUAGCAAUAUGCAAGCCACUCAGAUAUCACUCUAUCAUGACACCCUUUACAGUUGGAGGUGUUAUAGCUCUGGCAUGGGGCACUGACAUUGCAUUAGAGGUCGUGUUGUUCGCUCUUCAGGCUAGACUGCCAAAGUGCAAGACAUUUAUUGUUAAUGUGUAUUGUUCAAAUAUGGCCUUAGUGCAACUCUCAUGUGGAGGCGAUAUUACUGUGAACAACAUAUACGGCUUGGUUUUGACAGGAUUUAUGCAGGUUGUUAGUGUGGGUGUUCAGUUAUUCUCUUAUGUACAAAUUCUCAAAACUUGUCUUUCCCACUCUCAAUCUGAUGCUAAAAUCAAGGCUGUAAAUACUUGUUUAGCACAAAUAAUUACAUUUGCUCUGUUUGAAAUAGUCUGCACUACUGUAAUACUAUCAUAUCGUUUACAAAAUAUAUCUCCCAAUGCACAAAAAUUGUGUGGUAUAAUGACUUUCACAGUCCCUCCAGUUGUUAAUCCAAUUAUAUAUGGAAUGCAUACAAAAGAUAUUAGAAUUGCAUUUCUUAUGGUCUUGAAAAAAAUAAAGGUCACAUUCACAUAA